GAGUUCAAAAUGUUUUUGUUGCAUGCAGAAAUGUAAUUUCGUUUUCUCUGCAGGAGUUCAUCAAUUUCAUAAAUGCAACACAUUAUAGUUUGUUUAUACAUAGCAUAAAGGCAAAAAAAACGUUGUAUGCAGUGUUAUUUCAUUUUAAAUGUCAAACGGGUUUUGCGGCUCCCAGUGUUUUCUUUUCUGUGGGAAACGGGUCCAAGUGGCUCUUUCAGUGGUAAAGGUUGCUGACCCCUGGUCUAGGCAAACUACUAGGGAGUUUGUCUUAUCUUCUGGUCUUUUUUCCAUAGCCAGUCAGACCGCCCUAAAUGGGUAGCAAUGGAGCUGAAUUCCACUAAGGAUCUAUCUAUCUGUGCACUUCUUGGACUUUGCUCUUUUAAUAUAUUUAAAAAUGUAGCCUCCACAGCUUCCCUAUACAGUCGUUUACAGAUUCAAUACUGUCUAGGAAAAGCAGUUUCUCCUCAUCUCCAUCCUAAACCUACUUCCUAGAAUGUUGAGACUAUGUUCCCUUGUUCUAGUCUCACCUACCAGUGGAAACAACAUUCUUGGCUCUACCUUGUCUAUCCAUUUCGUAACUUUAUAUGUUUCUAUAAGACCCCUCUUAAGAAAGAUGAGGGCAGUUGUGUCUUAACAUAGGAGUCAGUCACUAAGUGGAAGAUGGUCAAGUUUUAGUAUUUUACAUAAUUAAAACAUCAUAAGAUAUACAACCAGAAUUAGGCCAUUCAGCCCAUUGAGUCUGCUCUGCCAUUCCAUCAUGGCUGAGUUAUUAUCCCACUCAACCCCAUUCUCCUGCCUUCUUCCCGCAACAUUUAACGCCCUCCGUUGUUCGGGGUUGACUACGAACGUUGCGUCCCAGCUGUCUACAUGAAACUCAAGCAGGGCAGUACAAUGCAGGGAGCAAGCUCCCCCUCUCCACGCAGCUGAUGAACCCAAAGGACAGCAGUGGCCAACACAGUUUGGCACCAGCAGCAUCACAGGAGUUUCCGGUCAGUGUUGAACUCAACUUAGGACUGCUUUGGGGACUCCAGCUCUAGAUUUCUACUCCCAAAUCCUUCCCAAUGAGUGGGCAUAGCUGCAAGGCAGCGGAGGGUUGAGACCAGAGUUUCCCUUCUCCUAGAUUAGCUGUCAGCUGAUGAGCCCCAUCUGCCCAAAGCCACCUAUCUUAAGGCACCAGUAACCAGCCUUUUCUCUUUGUCAUUAGAAGGCCAGGAGUUGGAGUUGGUUGUCAGUUCAGUGAUGGAGCGAAUGCAAUUGAGUGAAGUUAACCCCUCUGGUUCAAGAGCCUGAUGGCUGAGGGGGGUAAGAACUAUUCCUGAACCUGGUGGUGUGAGUCCUGAGGCUCCUGUACCUUCUUCCUGAUGGGAGCAGUGAGAAGAGGGCAUGGCCUGGAUAGUGGAUGCUUCUUUCCUGCAACAGCGCAUUGUGUAGAAGUGUUCAAUAAUGCGGAGCGCUUUACCCAUGAUAGACUGAGCCACAUCCACUACUUUUUGUAGGAUUUUCCACUCAAGGGCAUUGGUGUUUCCAUACCAGGCUGUGACGCUCUUCACCAAACAUUUAUAGAAAUGUGUCUAAGUUUUAGAUGUCAUGCCCAACCUUAGCAAACUCUUUACACUUUAAAUUACUUGACAUCCACAGCCGCCUGUAGCAAUGAAUUUGCAGAUUCACCGCCCUCUGGCACUACGAACCAAAAUGCUGGUAACCCUCUUUGUUUUGAAAGUAACUGUGUUCUCUUCCUAUAGGUGUUCGCAACAUCUUCUGAUACUAUUUUAGAUUUAUGGUGCGCUUAGGGAAGUGUGCGGAGUAAAUGUUGCUGUGGUGUCGUCUGUGGGCUGAGGAACGACAGGUGCAAGUUAAUAAUAGUAAAUGUAGGGCAGUUUUCAGAGAUUCUGGAGGAAUGGUCAACAGUUAAGGUUGAAGUCAUAGAGUUAUGCUGCAUGUAUGUAGGCCCUUCUGCCCAACAAACUCCUGCCGGCCAUGUUGUUCCCCCCCCCCCAACUAGUACACCUAGAGGGGCGAACUGCCCCAAGGGAAUCCAGCCAGCUAGGGUAAGGCCGAGUGACACCCCGCUGUGAGCCUCCCGUUCCCGGUUUGUGUUUUGUUCACUUCCCCUAGACUCGACGGGUGGAGUUUCUUCUGGUGUGGGCAAAGGGCCAACCCAGGGCCCGGCAGCCACUGCCCUCCCCGGCACCGCUGAUCCAGGCUCAUUGUCCCCGAUCUGCCGUCACCCAGCGACUGUCCAAUGCCGGCGGGCGGGCGGCUCCCGUUUCCCUGGCAGUGGCGACCGGCGGCUGCCCAGUGUCCCCGGGAACCGCGCGUUACAGUCGGUGGGCAAGACCCGGGGAGGGUGAUCGGCGACUGCUGAGGCCAUGGAGGUGGAUCGGCCGGCGCCCGGCGAUCCGUUUCACCAGCACCCAGGAGCUGAAGGGUUCAGGGUCCUGUCACCCACCUACGAGUCCAAUGUGCAGAUCACGCCGCUGCAGGUUCCCCAGCGCCCCACUGUGUCAGCCAUCAGAUAUUCUCAGUAUUUGGGAAAUGCCUCAAAGGGUCCCCGGACUCCCUGGGGCACCAAGGGAGAACGUGGAGGAGCCAGGACACUGGGACUACCGAACCAUCACGGGCCAGAGACCAAGUAUCCAACAGUAGUGGUGAAGGGGCACAAACAUUUUGGUUAUGGUGGAUACCCUCUUCCUAGCGAUGUUACCAUUGAUCAAUAUUAUGAUCUCACCCAGCUGAAGAGGAGUCAACUUCGUCCCACUGAUCAGCUGCUUCCAGCUACAGGGGAGUUUGCAAUGGAUCAGAAGCAGAUACGGCUGCCAUUUCCUGCUGAACAUCCCUUCCAUUCCCACAUUUCCAAGUACGCAGUGUUCCCAAACUUCAACUCACCAGAUGACCCGUACACCGGUGUACGAGCUGGACAUCUGCAGCCCAUUAAUCCUGAUAUACCUGCGAAAAGUUAUGAUGUGAUUGUAACUCAGAAAACUAAAGGUUUUCCAUUUAGACACGAGAAACAGGAAAUCCCCACUGAGGCUGAAGGUUUACAAUGGCCAGGACAAGAAGGAUAUUUUCAAUAUCCUAAAUCAGCCGCAGGAUGGAAGCCAACAUUUUAUCCCACACCGCCGAAGCGUAUUGCCCCCAACAUAACACAGCGAUCCAUUGAACACAGUCUUUCUGAGAGAACUGCUAAUAUACUGAAAAACACUGAGAAAUCAUGCUGGCUGAGCACACACAAAAGGGAUUUCACGGGUAAUGGACCGAUGAAUCCAAUUCAGUUAGACGAUUACUUCGACAAAAAGAUGACAAUACUGACAGGAAAAUACAGCUACUUCACAGAACUGAAGGAACAAUCUCAUCCAACCUCGUUGCCUAAUCCACCCUUGCGCCCCAUGAAGGAAAAGGAAAGCAGUAAUGGAGGUUGUGCAGAUGAUGACUCUGACUGCCAGUGGGCUGAUGUCCCUCCCACUCUGGCGGGUGUACCGGCUUGGGAAGCAGCUGAUGUGAAAUCACAGCCACUGACAUGUGAAGCUAACUCAGUUUCACCGACCUUUGAGACAAGUUCGACUGCUAAUGAAGCAAAUCUAAUAAACUGGAGCAAUACAGAUGGCCAAACAACCGCCCCGCCAAACAUUUUCUGCCCUUAUUCAGACAUCCAUAUGUUAAGAUACAAAGUUGAACAGAAAGGGAAUAAUGAUAAACCAUGUGCAUUUUAUCAGCAUCAGAAAGAAAAGGUAAUGGAUUGUUGGGAAACUCCUAUCAUUGACGUGAGUCCAACUUGCAGAACAGGAGACUUUGAGGAGCUCACGGAAAGACCAAAAUCAGUGAAAAAUGACAUCUUCUAUGCAGAUUUACCUCAGAGCAGAUUGUUGAACUAUACACCCAAAGAAAAGCACACAGCACUGAACAACCCGCCUUCAGCAAGUGGUGCUGUUGACAAUGAAGACGAGGUACAAUGCUUUAAUAAGGGCAACCAUGCAUCUGGUGACUUACAGCCAACAUCCUGUUCAACUGAAAAUGAAGAAUUUUACUGGGUACUCCAGCAGCCACGCGUCACAUGGGGUAAAACGCUGUUUUGUGAUGAACCCAAACUUCGGAUCUCAAAACUGAAAUUCCCGCUUCCGUUUGAUAAAACACAACAACAUAAGAAAUUACACCAGGUGUCUCCAGAAAAAUCAGUGGAUUAUCGGGAGAACAUUUAUUCAGGCAAAAAACACACUUUCUUUGGUUUGAAUUCUUCUUAUUUUCACAAUGGAACGCUUUAACCAUUUAUUUAGAAAAGAUACUUUAAUUAACUUAUCUAAAUCUUUGAAAACAUUAAAGGUAACAAUAAUAUGUCAAUGUGCUUUUGACUCACAGCCCAUUAUAUCUUAACGAUUAAUAGAAUGUCAGAAUAUCAGUUCAAUAAUGAUUUUUGUGCAAAGAAUUAAGAAAUGGCUAAGAAAAAUCGAAGCAGGAGAGAGCUAAUCUUGUCCCCACUCAAUGCAGUCUGGUGGAUACAGUACAUUACAUCAGUGUCACUUUCCUACACCGGCCGAGCAUCCCUUAGUUCCUUUAAUCCAAGAAAUUAUGGCAUUGUAGUGUAGUUGGUAGCACUACACUCUACAAUGUCAGCUGUAAAAUCGUUCAGGGUUCGAUUCCUGCUGUUGUCAGUAAGGAGUUUAAUCGUUCUCCCAGACACCACAUCGGGUCCUCCAAUUUCCUACCACAUUCCAAAGAUGUGCCAUUAGAGCCAGUGAGUUGUGGGCUGGCUAUGUUGGCGUUGGAAAUGUGGCAACACUUGUGGACUGCCCAGCACGAUCCACACUGAUUUGAUUUGAUGCAAACCACUGUAUGUUUCGAUGUACAUUUGAUAAAUAAAGCUAAUCUUUAUCUUUAAAUCCACAUCUUGAAUAUACUUAGUGAUUGAGCAUUCAUUGCUUUUUUGGAUAAGGAAUAUAAAGAUCCAUUACCCACUGGGUGAAGUAAACUUUUCUCAACUUUGCCCUGAACAAAGGUACCCUUAACAUAGGAAUAUGAUCUCUAGUUUAUAAUAUCCCAUCUCCACAUUUAUCCAGUCAACUCUUUAAGAAGACAAUUAUCUCACAUCCUCAGCUUUAAAGGGUAUAGAGCUCGUCUUCUACGUCUCUCCUUUUAUGAUUAACUUGGUACUUUAGGAAGUAACUUCUACUGCACACGCUGUAUUAUGGGUAAAUUCUUCCCUAGGGAGAGGAAUAAGUCUUGUCCACAAUAUUUAAGGAGCAGUCUUACAAGAUUUAGAUUAGAUUAAAGCAAGGUGUCUGCUCUUUACACAAACCCAUUUACAAUGUGAAGGCAUGAUGGAAAUGUUGCUGUGUUGAUGUAUCAUGAUGUACAGUGGCUUAAUGAUUCAGUUUUCAAGUCAAAGUAAAUUUAUUAUAAAGGAACAUCUGUGUCUCCAUUUACAGAACUGACAUUCAUUUUCUUGCAGGUGUUUACAGAAAAACUAAACAUAAAUUCUUUGAUGCACACUUUGAAAGGGAGAAUAAAACUACACCUGUGUGAAUCUCUGCCGCAUCUGGUGUCUCUGGGAUCUGUCUUGGAGGCCUGCAUCAGGACAUCUUUCUAGAGGGUGAAACCUCCCAAGGCUUCAGGUCCUGAUGGUGUACCUGGUAGGGCUCUGAAAACCUGCGCCAACCAACUGGACAUCUUUAUCUUCUCACUGCUGCAGUCGGAGGUUCCCAGCUGCUUCAAAGGGGGUGACUAUCAUACAGUUCCCAAGAAGAGCAGGGUGAACUGCCUCAAGGACUGUCGCCCAGUGGCACUCACAGCUACCGUGAUGAAGUGCUUUGAGAAGUUAAUCAACUUCCGCCUAAUCAAGGACCUGGACCCACUGCAAUUUGCCUACGGCCACAUUAGGUCUACAGCGGAUGCAGUCUCACUGGCUCUCCACUGGGUGCUGGACCACCUAGGGAAUGGUAAUACUUGCGUCAGGCUGCUGUUAACAGCUCAGCGUUCAACACAAUCAUACCAUCAGAUCUAAUCUCUCAGCUCCAAAACCUGUGUCUCUGUACCUCCCUCUGCAACUAGAUCCUUAACUUGCUCAUCAGGAGACUGGUCUGUGUGGAUCCAAAAUAACGUCUUCUCCUCGCUGACAAUCAACACUGGUGCACCUCAGGGACAUGUGCUUAGCCCACCACUCUAUCCUCUCGACAUCUAAAGAUGUGUGGCUAGGCACAGUUCAAAUGCCAUCUAUAAAUUUGCCAAUGACACAAUUGUUGCCAGAAUUUCAGAUGGUGACGAGGAGGCAUGCAGGAGUGAGAUUGAUCAGCUGGUUGAGUGUUAUCACAACAACCUUGCACUCGAUGUCAGUAAGACCAAGGAAUUAAUUGUGGACUUCAAGGAGAAGUCAAGGGAACACAUACCAGUCCUCAUCAAGGAAGCAGUUCCAUGUCCCUAGGUGUCAACAUCUCUGAAGGCUUUAAGGGUUAGGCAUUAGGAGUUUGAGGAGAAUUAGUAUGUCACCAAAGACUCUUGCGAAUGUCUAAAAAUGUAGUGUAGAGAACAUUCUAACUGGAUGCAUCACUGUCUGGUGUGGAGGGGCCAGAGCACAGGAUGGAAAAAUGCUGAAUAAAGUACCAAACUUUCCAUCAUGGGCACCAGCCUCACCAGCAUCCAGGGCAUCUUCAAAGGGCACUACCUCAAACAGGCAUAUUCCAUCAUGAAGAACCCCCAUCACCCAGGACAUGCCCUCUUCUCCUUGCUACAAUAACAGGAGGAGUAUAAGAGCUGAAGGAACACAUUCAAUGUUUCAGGAGCAGCUUCUUCCCCUCCACCAUCUGAUUUCUAAAUGGUCAACGAACCUAUGAACUCUAAAUCACUAUUUUUCUCAUUUUUGCAUUACUUAUUCAAUAUCUGUGUGUGUACGUAUAUUCAUAAAUACAUAUAAUUUAUAGUUUUAUUAAUAUGUACUGCAGUGAACCGCUGUCACAAAGCAACAAAUUGCAUGACACAUGCCAGUGAUAUUGACCCUGAAUCUGAACAAAGACUGAUAAACAACCAAUGUGCAAAAGAAGACAAAUUUUGCAAAUAAAAAAAAACAAUACUGAGAUUAUUUGUAGAGCUUGAGUUUGUAAGCUAUGGAAUCGGUUCAGCGUUGAGGUGAGGUGAAGUUACGUAGACUGUUUCAGGAGCCUGAUGGUUGUAGGGUAAGGACACCUGCCAUCGGAUUUCUGAAUGGUCCAUGAACCUAUGAACAUACCUUGUCAUUCGAAUCUUGCACUAUUUAUUUAUACUUGUACCAUAAUGCUGCUGCAAUACAACAAAUAUCACCUUGGAUAUCAGUGACUGCAAUUCAGGUUAAAACUGAUGAAUCAAUACUAAUCCUUGUAGAACAUUGUUUGGAAGAGGCAUCCAGAGUGGCAAAGGCACAAAUGAUUAAACUGGUUUCAAUGUCCAUCACCAAGAGCGGUCCAGGACCACCACCACUGACCAAGUUCUUCAGCACACUCCUGAUAAACUGCAUCUUUGGUGAGGUGAUUUGGCAACAAGGGAGAUAAAACCUACUUGAUCUCAUUCUCCCCAAUCUACCUGGCACAGGUGCGCACGUUCACUGCAGUAUUGAUAGGAGAGUCCUUGUAGAGACUAAAUCCUGUCUUGAUAAUGAAAAUGCACUUCAUCACGUCACACGUCACUGCUGUCAAGCUAACUGAGGCAGACUGGGCAUCCAAAUGGGCCCUGCUCCACCAUCAGCAUCACGGACAGUGUGGCGGUGGUGGGGAGCGUGCUGGCCGGGGGAGAGGGUAGCAUCUGAAUGAAGAAGCAACACAAGGAAACUACAAGCCAAACAAAGCAGAAACUCCGUGAAAAACAUAGAGCUAAGCAAUUCCACAACCAAGUACAGAAAGACCUGGCAAUAGCAAGUGACAUCCGCACCAGGCGCAUUUCAGGCUGCAACGCUAUCAGCUUUCAUCACCUGACAUUUAACGGUAUUACCAUUACGGAAUGCACCACUAUCAAGGCAACAGGAUUAAGGGAUAUACAAACAAGAGAAAAUCUGCAGAUGCCGGAAACCCAAGCAACACACACAGACUGCUGGAGGAGCUCGGCAGGCCAGGUAGGUUCUGUGGAAAAGAGUACAGUCGACAUUUCGGGCCGAGACCCUUCAUUGGGACCGGGGAUAAAAAGAUGAGGAGUCGGAGCAAGAAGGUGGGGGGAGGGGAAGAAGAAAUACAAGGUGAUAGGUGAAACCGGGAGGGAGGAAAGGGUGAAGUAAAGAGCUGGGAAGUUGAUAGGUGAAGGAGAUA